AUGGCUAGGACGCCUGAACAAAAGGCAAGACUUGCAGCAUUGAGAGCUGAAUUAGAUGCUUAUCGAUGGGAAAAUGGUGAUUUGGAGAAUCACGUGGUCAAGGUCAAUAAGAUGAUACAGAAAAUCAUCUGGAAUGGUUACUGUAUGCCGGACUUCGAGAAGUUGAAUGUUCUGAUCAACACUCUUCCAUCUGAAUGGAAAAAGGUGUUGCAUCGCCUAUGGGAGGUCAACGUGGUCCCAACCUACAAAAAACUUGCAAUGGAUUUUUUUUGGUAUAAGGCAGUUUGCAUACUGGGUAUACGAGAAUAUUGUCAAAAUGGGCAAUUGGAAUCAUUAGCAACUGAGGAUGGUAGUGGGAAAGGUCUUGGUAUAAGACUGAAAGAUCUUCACCAGAGGUGUACAAAAGAGAUGGAUGCUUAUGUCGGUUGCAUGUAUUACCACACAAAUGAGUUCGAUUUAUGCCGCAAAGAGCAGCAAGCCUUUGAAAAGGCAUGCCCGGUUAAAGAGCAAAAGAAAGGGAGUGUCUUGGCUUUGGUAGAAGCCAGCGGGAACGAGACCGAUUGGUUGGCUCUGCUGGAAUUCAAGGCCCGAAUAGCCGAUCCCGGUGGGGUUUUGAGUUCGUGGAAUGAUACUAGCAAAAUUUGUGAAUGGUACGGUGUCACAUGUGGCCAUAGACACCACAGAGUCACUGUAUUGGACCUCAGCUCCGAGAACCUAGAUGGGGUCAUGCCACCCCAUAUUGGUAAUAUGAGCUUUUUGAGGGAAGUUCAUCUGCAGAACAAUAGUUUUCGCUCUGAAAUUCCCCCGCAAUUCGGCCGCUUGUUUCGGUUACAAAAGUUGUUCCUUGAUAACAACUCGUUUAGCGGACAAAUCCCUUCGAAUCUCUCCCAUUGCUCUAAUUUGCUCGUUCUUAACUUAGGCUUCAACACGCUUGAAGGAAAUUUGCCUGUGGAACUCAGCUCCUUCAACAAGCUCCAAACGCUUAUUUUUCAAUCCAACAGCUUGAUGGGAAACAUUCCGGCGUCAUUUGGAAACUUAUCCUCUCUUCAAGUCUUCGGUACAACAUUAAAUAACCUCGGUGGUACGAUUCCAGAAACUCUCGGCAGGCUGAGAAACCUAAAUGCCCUCGCUCUUAGCUGGAAUAAAUUCAUAGGUACGAUUCCUAUCUCAAUCUUCAAUAUAUCCACUUUGACAAUCCUUUAUGUGUCCUCAAACCAAUUAAAGGGGGGCUUACCUAGUUACUUAGGCUUCACUCUUCCAAAUCUCGAGGAAAUCUAUUUGGAUCACAACCACCUCACUGGACCCAUUCCUAAGUCAAUAUCCAAUGCCUCUAACCUCGGUGAAUUCGUAAUCAAGUCGAACAACUUUACUGGGAAAGUUCCUUCUUUCUCAAAGAUGAGAGGACUCAGUCGGUUUAUUAUUAGCCAUAACGGCUUAGGAAGUGGGCAAUCUGCAGAUUUGGACUUCCUCUGCUCCUUAACCAAUUCCACAAACUUGAAUAUAUUGGGUGUAGAGAGCAAUGCUUUUCGAGGACCAAUCCCCGACUGUAUCGGUAACCUCCCUAUCACCCUUUCGCAGUUCGGGUUAAGUUACAAUCGCAUUUCUGGAACCUUACCUUCUCGAAUCGGAAAUCUCAUCAAUUUGGAAGUUCUGGUACUGGUGGACAAUAACAUCUCGGGAAACAUUCCUUCCGAGAUUGGAAAUAUGAACAAACUAAAGGUUUUGAGUCUCGGCCAAAAUAAAUUCUCGGGGCAGAUACCAGAAUCUAUUGGGAAUUUAAGAAUGUUAACCCAAUUGACCUUGUAUAUCAAUAAUCUUCGAGGCUCAAUACCAUCGUCUCUAGGAAAUUGCCAGAAUCUACUUCUCUUGGACCUUUCGACCAACAAUCUCAGCGGUAGCAUACCCCCAGAAAUUAUGGGCCUCUCAUCUUUGUCGAUUUAUCUGGACUUGUCUCGAAAUAGUCUCACCGGCUCCCUUCCAGGAGAAGUUGGAAACUUGAAAAAUCUCGGUGUACUAAGUACUGACGGAAAUAGAUUAUCACAACAAAUUCCAAGUAGUAUCGGCGAUUGUAUAAGCAUGGAAAGCCUAUAUGUGCAGAAUAAUUUCUUUGAAGGGCCCCUACCAUCGACUCUGAGUUCAAUGAGAGGCCUUCAGGUUUUGAAUGUUUCCAACAACCGAUUAUCAGGUCAAAUACCGGAAUUUUUAGGGUCGCUGAAUCUGACAAAUUUGAGCCUUUCUUACAACAAUUUUGAGGGUGCUUUACCAACGAGAGGAAUUUUCAAAAGUGCCAUUUCAACUUCAGUUAUUGGAAACAAGAAGCUUUGCGGGGGUCUGCCAGAUUUUCAACUACCGAAAUGCGAUUACAAGGAGUCAAAACUGAAGAGAAUAAGCGAAAGUGCAAAAAUUCUGAUAUCCACAGUCUCUGCUGUUGUAGGAGUAGCCUGCAUAUUCUCUUUGCUAUACUUCUUUCGGUAUAGACGCAAUAAGAAAGCAUCAGCUUCGAGCUCUUCUGAAGAUGGGCUUUUGCAUGUUUCUUAUCACAGUCUACUGAAAGCGACGGGUGGAUUCUCCUCCACCAAUCUGCUCGGUGUGGGCAGUUUUGGGUCCGUGUACAAAGGGAUUCUUGAUCAGACUCAGUCGAUCGUGGCCGUCAAGAUUCUCAACCUUACAUGUCAAGAAGCUUCCAAGAGCUUCAUGGCCGAGUGCAGGGCCUUGAGAAAUAUCCGACACCGUAAUCUCGUAAAGGUACUCACGGCAUGUUCUGGAUUUGAUUUUCAUGGAAAUGAUUUCAAGGCACUGGUCUAUGAAUUCAUGUCGAAUGGGAGCUUGGAUGAAUGGUUGCACCCAACAACACCGCAAUAUAUAGCGAGAAGCAAGUUGAGUCUACUUGAGAGAGUGAAUAUUGGCAUUGAUGUUGCUUGUGCAUUAGAUUAUCUCCAUCAUCAUUGUGAAACGCCUAUAAUUCAUUGUGAUCUAAAGCCUAGCAAUGUCCUUCUUGAUGAUGAAAUGACCGGACAUAUAGGUGAUUUCGGGCUUGCCAGGUUCCUUCCAGAAGUAACGCAUAACAAUUUAGCCGAUCCAUUGAGCUCUGUCGGGGUAAAAGGAUCUUGUGGCUACAUAGCUCCAGAGUACGGCUUCGGAAGUGCGGUAUCCAUGGAAGGAGAUGUGUACAGCUUCGGAGUCCUCAUUUUGGAGAUGUUCACAGGCAAGAGGCCAACCGAUGACAUGUUUGAAAAUGGGCUAAACCUUCAUUGCUUCGUGACAGCAGCUUUGGCAGACCGAGUGGAAAAGGUAACCGAUCCUGUUUUGCUUCAAGAUUUUGAGGAGUCGAAGAAGAGACAAACAGUCGCUCCGGAGGACAAGAACAAAAGCUGGUGUUGUAUUCAUGAAUGUUUGGUUUCGAUCUUUGAAAUAGGAGUCGCUUGCUCUUCUGAGUCUCCCGGGGAACGAACGGACAUCGGUGAUGCAUUGACUAAUCUCCAAAAAAUCAAGAAGAAACUUCUUGAGUGCAUUGUCAUUGCCUAG